GAGGCGCAGCACAGCCCUCGUCCUCUAAGAAUUAAUGUGCAAGUUUGGAGUCAAACAUCGUGAGCAGAGCAGAGACAACCAAGCGCAGCAUCUUUUUUAAAUACGCGUUUUUUUCCCACAUUAUUGUUAUUAUUUCCCCCCCACAGAAGUGACCAUAAGUGCUCCAACUUUACACCUGAGGUGAGAGCAAACUUUAGAUAUUUUGAUUGUCUGCACAGCGACAUCAGCCUUUCUGCACGCUUCCUUUUAGGAUCAGCAGCCCUCUUCUAGUCACUGUGCGUCUCCUUGGUCUUGGCGCCGUAAAUUUAAGCAUCAGUGGGAGCGCGCACACAGUCUGCAGCAGCCCAAACUCACAUCCCUCCACCACACCACGGAGCGGGCUCAGGCUGGCUGGCUGCUGCACCGGGACCAUGGAGCAAAAAUCACCCAAAGCUGAGGGCUCCGCCAAGAGACACGAGUCUGUGUCCUACCAGCGCAGGAUGUGGAAGAAUUUCCAGGAGAAAACCAAGCCGUGGCUCAGUCCCAAACUGGGAUCGGAGCGCCGCGGCGCCUCCGGGGGCGCGGAGGGCACCAAGAAGGAAUCCGGUUUGUGGAUGUUCAAAAGAAAAAAGAAACAGCUGGACCGGGUGUUCUCGUCGUCGCAGCCGAACUUGAGCUUCGAGGGGGAGAAGUGCGCCGCCGGAGGAGUCGAGGCGGCCGCCGGAGCGAUGAGCUCCGACGGGCAGCCUUAUUUGCUCUGCGCGGCUUCGGGGGCCACGGGCAGCAAACCCGAGCUGACGGCCCACGGGAGCCCCAAACUCCUCGCGUCCCAGCUGGUGAUCCACCAGCAGAAGAGCUCCUCUCUGGGCUCGGCGUGCUUCGAGAGGCUGGUGGUGGAUCCCACCGCCGCGGUGCUGAUGGGAGAGGAGGAGCAGCUGCGUAAAAACGCGAGCGAUUCUGGCAUCAGCAUUGUGGCGUCUAGUAAUGCUGAGUCCCAGCCUCAGCCUCCAUGUCCAGCCAUGUACCAGUUGGAUAUUGUUCUUAAGAAAGGGAAAAACCUCGCCAUUCGAGAUCGAACAGGGACCAGUGACCCAUAUGUGAAGUUUAAAAUAGCGGGGAAAGAGGUGUUCAGAAGCAAAACCAUCCAUAAAAACCUGAACCCAGUGUGGGAUGAGAGAGUGAGCCUCCUGGUGGAAACUCUGAGAGAUCCUCUUUAUGUCAAGGUGUUUGACUAUGACUUUGGACUUCAGGAUGAUUUCAUGGGGUCAGCAUAUCUCUAUCUGGAGUCUCUGGAACAUCAGAGGACACUGGACGUGACCCUGGACCUGAAGGACCCACAGUAUCCUGAACAGAACCUGGGCACCCUGGACCUUGCUGUCACCCUGUCGCCAAAAGAGGGAGACGUGAAAGAUGCUACCAUGCUUUUGGGGAGAAACUGGAAACGAUCCAGUAAGUAUCAGAGCAUGCGUCUCUCAGAUGUGCACAGAAAAGCCCAGCUCUGGCGAGGGAUCGUCAGCGUCAGUCUGAUCGAAGGCCGUGGCCUGCAGCCCAUGGACGCCAAUGGCCUCAGCGACCCCUAUGUCAAAUUCAGGAUGGGCCACCAAAAGUACAAGAGCAAGACAAUUUCCAAAACACUAAACCCCCAGUGGAGGGAACAGUUUGAUUUCCACUUGUACGAUGAGCAAGGGGGUUUUGUGGACAUCACAGUCUGGGACAAAGACGCUGGCAAGAAGGAUGACUUCAUGGGAAGGUGUACCAUCGACCUGUCGCUUCUUAGUAAAGAACACACACACAAAUUGGACAUGCCACUGGAGGAAGGGGAAGGAGUUCUGGUGCUUCUGGUCACCCUCACUGCCUCUGCCGCCGUUUCCAUCUCCGACCUGUCCGUCAACAUGCUGGAUGAUCCGCAGGAGAGACACCAGAUCAUGCAGAGAUAUAGUCUCUGGAGGUCAUUCCACAACUUGAAAGAUGUCGGCGUGGUGCAGGUGAAGGUCAUCAGAGCCGAGGGACUCAUGGCAGCAGAUGUGACAGGUAAAAGUGACCCGUUUUGUGUGGUGGAGCUGAGUAAUGAUCGGCUGCAGACCCACACUGUUUACAAAAAUCUCAACCCUGAGUGGAACAAGGUCUUCACUUUUAAUAUCAAGGACAUCCACUCGGUCCUCGAGGUCACCGUUUACGACGAGGACCGAGACAGAAGCGCCGACUUCCUGGGGAAAGUGGCUAUUCCUUUACUAAAUAUCCAAAAUGGAGAACGCAAAGCCUACGCCUUGAAAAGCAAGGAGCUGACAGGGCCAACAAAAGGGGUCAUCUUUCUCGAAAUAGACGUGAUUUUUAAUGCUGUGAAGGCUGGUCUUAGGACGUUGACUCCCGUCGAACAAAAGUACAUCGAGGAGGAGCCUAGAGUGUCCAAACAGCUGCUUUUACGCAACUUCAACCGAGUUAGACGCUGCAUCAUGUUUCUGAUCAACGUGGGCUGCUACAUCAACAGCUGCUUCGAAUGGGACUCUCCGCAGAGGAGCAUCUGUGCUUUUGUGAUCUUUGUCAUCGUUGUUUGGAACUUUGAGAUUUAUAUGAUUCCUCUGGCUUUGCUGCUGCCGCUGGCCUGGACCUACAUCCUUAUCGCGUCGGGGAAGGAUACAAGACAAGAUGUUCAAGCGGUGGAAGACCUGCUGGAAGACGAGGAUGAGGAUUUUGACAAAGAUGACAAGGACUCAGAGAAAAAGGGCUUCAUGAACAAGCUUUAUGCCAUUCAGGACGUGUGCAUCAGCGUGCAGAAUGCACUGGAUGAAGUGGCCUCCUAUGGCGAGAGGAUAAAGAACACCUUUAACUGGACUGUGCCUUUCUUAAGCUGGCUUGCGAUUGUGGCUCUCGGAGUGGCCACCGUCAUCAUUUAUUUCAUACCUCUUCGGUUCAUUGUUCUGCUCUGGGGUGCAGUACCGAGAGCUGAAACUGGAUCCCAAUCCCAGUCCAAAUAAAAGGAAGAAAAACAACCCCGGGUAGAUCACUGCGUCCACCCACGGACUCCUUUCUUCUUCUCUUUUCUCCUGCUGGUCUAACGUUGGACACUGAGGAGAGGAGUAGCUCGACAUAACCUUCCAUUUUUUAAAUUUUCCAUUUUAGUCUCCUAAUUUAUAUUUCUGCUUUUUAUUUCUGAUGGUUACAGUUCCCAAAAAUGUCAUUUUUGUGUGAGACAAGAUACAAGAAAACUCUUAAGUUAUUCAAACAUUGGCAAUAUAUACGAGGUGUACAGGAUGACUUUCACAUCAGGCUGUGAACUCACUUCUCUUCUUCACUCUGACAGCAGAGAUGACAACUUUUUAUUGUUCUAGUAAGUACCAAACAAGUAAAAUUAGACAUUUUUCACUGCAGCAAGAGAGAAUUCUGCUCAUCCACAUUAUUAGAAACACAGGCCUUAAAUUCUGUAACACAACUUAUAAUUUAUUUAGCUUGUACUAUAUUUAUGAGACCGUUUUGGUAAAAUGUUUUUAUAUUUUCUAAUUGUUUUUGUACUGAAGCGAUGUUUGUUUUCAUCCCCUCUUGUUAAUGAUGUUAUGUUCACUGGCAGUUUUGGAUUGUCUCCACUUAACUCGGCUAGCCAAGUUGAUUUGCAAAAAUACGGCGGUAGCCUCCAGAUAUGUUUCUCUGCACAAAUGGAAACAGGAUAUGGGCUUGCUGGGGUAUCUGUCUGUGCUUUAAUACAGGAGCCAAAUAAACUUCUCUCAAAUCUCCGAAAACAAAGACAAAACAAUCUGACCAACCACCUGCAGGAUCAUCGAGUAUCCGAUGUUACACCUGAUCCCUGCUAGAUGUGCAGAUAAGUCAUUACUUCUGUGGCACAUUUAAAAACAAACAUAUCAAGAAAACCAAAGGGAUAAUUAAAUAAAUGUAAAUUAUCAUGUACAGAUAUUCUGCUUACCUGAAAACCAGUGAAAAGAAAUGGGUUUUAAGUAUAUAUUUAAAAUGACUAAUUGACUGAGCAGUUCUAAUUUUUAGCAUAAACUGCUUGAUAGAUUUGGGACUACACCCAAAUAGACUCUAACACCUCUGUUUUUGAGUCUGGACCUAGAAAUGUUCAAAAGCAACUGAUUUGAAGACCUCAACGUUUUGGCUGGAGUGUAAAUGGUGUACAGGUUCUGACUGGAAAUGUGUCAUACCAUUAAGACUCUUAAAAACAAGCUGUAUAAUUUAAACUACAUUUUAAAAUGCAUAGGAGGUGCAAGGCCAGUAGAGGACCAACAUAAUGAGUUUAGUAACCCUCAUGAAAGAUGUUAUAAUGGGAUGAGUUUGUGUCACAUUAAAAAAAAAA